CCCAUUUUCUAUCCAUGAUUUUUGAACGAUCUGUCGAAAAAAUUCCUCAUGUGCGUGUGUAGCUAGAAUAAAUUAUCAAAUUUCUUGAUUUUAAGUAAAUAACGAAGCUUUUGUGAAUAAUAGUUUAAGUGCACAAGUUACAAGUCAUAGGGCGUUGCAAUACACAAGGCGUUUUAACAAAUUCCACCCAAAAUUAUAGAGUUCGCCCAAAUAGAGAUCUGCGUCUAUCGCAAUAUGGCCGUCCUGUAAUGAAUCGGUGGUCAGUGAUAUUAUUGUGAUUUCAUCUCCUAGAAACUAUCAAAAUGGAACUUCGUGUCGGUAAUAAAUACCGACUGGGUCGUAAAAUUGGCUCAGGAUCUUUCGGAGACAUAUAUCUCGGAACCAACAUUGUGACAAGAGAGGAGGUAGCUAUCAAAUUAGAAUGUAUAAAAACGAGGCACCCACAACUGCACAUAGAAAGCAAAUUUUACAAAUUGAUGCAAGGGGGUGUUGGAAUCCCUGCUAUAAAAUGGUGUGGAUCAGAAGGGGAUUACAAUGUUAUGGUAAUGGAACUCCUAGGACCAUCAUUGGAAGACCUCUUCAACUUUUGUUCUCGCCGUUUCUCCCUCAAGACUGUGCUCCUGUUAGCUGACCAGCUCAUCACCCGCAUUGAGGACAUACAUUACAGAAACUUUAUCCAUAGAGAUAUCAAGCCGGAUAACUUCCUUAUGGGUUUAGGUAAAAAAGGAAACUUAGUGUAUAUAAUAGAUUUUGGCUUAGCAAAGAAGUACAAAGAUCCUCGCACAUUGCAACAUAUUCCAUACAGAGAAAACAAAAAUUUGACAGGUACUGCAAGAUAUGCUUCAGUGAACACUCAUUUAGGCAUUGAGCAAUCUCGUCGCGAUGAUUUGGAAUCGUUGGGUUAUGUGCUGAUGUAUUUCAACCGUGGUAGUUUACCAUGGCAAGGCCUCAAGGCUGUUACCAAACGUCAGAAAUAUGAAAGAAUAUCUGAGAAAAAAUUAUCCACACCAUUUGAUGAACUUUGUAAAAACCACCCAAUCGAGUUCCAGUUGUACCUAAAGUACUGCCGACGGUUGCGCUUUGAAGAGCGCCCAGACUACAGUCACUUGCGUCAACUGUUCCGCACGCUCUUCCAUCGACAAGGAUUCACUUAUGACUACGUCUUUGACUGGAAUAUGCUCAAGUUUGGUGGUCAACGAGGCAACUACCAGUCCGGCGCAAAUGACCGCACGCUCAGGCGCCACGAACAAAAUCAAGAACAGGAAACUACGGCGGGCGCGGCGGGGCAGCCCAGCACGACGGUGGCGGCCAUCUCGGAGUGGCGGUGAGGCGGCUCGCGGCGCCGCAGGGAGGCCCCGUCGUAGGACCCUGUUCAUGUUGUGACCUCCGCGAUCUGUCCGCUCGAGCGGACGUCCCACAGACUCGGUAUAUCCACGUAUUAUGAUGGUGUUGUCGACGACGGCUUCGGCGCGUCGAUCGAUCCGGAAUUGAUGCGAGCGCGGGCGUCCCGCGACGCUCCUCCCCGCUCGGAAUGCGAUUUCUGUAAAACUAAGGAAUUUUGUAUGCAUUCACGUUAACGUUCAUAUGUAUUGUAAAUUAUUUAAUUUUAGACUAAGAUCGUGAGUGGGCCGAGAACUAGGUAAAAUUGACGUUUUCAUUGUUUUUAAUGUGACUCAUUUAAGCAUAGCUGUUAGGCCUGCCCGUGCAUCCAUUGUACUUUAUGCUCAGUUAUAUUUAGACAUAGAAAUGAAUCAUACUGACAAAAUUAUCAUUUAUCUCGUCCUUUGUUGAAUUUAAUUUACAUUUCUCUUCAAAAUUGUGACUGCUGGGCUGAUCAUGAAAGUUCACAAAUGCUUGUACAGAAAUCAUUAAAAAAAAAUAGAAGAGUGUAAAUUAAAUUUACCACAAGACGGUUUUUGCAAUUAAAUAUUUCUACUGGCUAUUUAAUAUGCCAUGUGCAUUUCCUAAUUGCCAUUUUGUUUUCAUAUUUAAUAGAUUGACUGUGACAACUGAUGAUUGUUGAGUCUCUGAUUCAGAACUUUAGCAUGUAAAUUAGUUGGCAUAUAAUGUAUUGUGCAAUAUUAUUUCUUCAUUUCUUUUUUCAAACUGUUUUAAUGCGGUUAAGUGUGAUUUUGUUAAUAUUUUGUCUUCCAUAUUUUAUUCAUGGAAUGGCGACUAAAAUUUUAUCUAAAUAAACAUUGUUCAGGCUUGAUGUAAUUAUUGCCAAUCCGUAUAAAAAAUAAAUUGUCCAGCCACUGCCAUAGUUUUAACUAGGUAAGUUUGCUAAUUAAAUCAGAUAUAACGUUUAGGAAAUUGUCAUAAUUGAGCUCGAAGAUCUUGAAUGGGAAUGUAACAUUCUUUUUUGAAAAUAGAUUGUGUUUCUAAAGAACUUAUCUGGUUUUAGUUAUCACUCUGACUCUAGACAAACACAUUCCCGUAAAUUCUUUCCUUUAUCACUUUUCUGUUCAUGCUAACUAUGAUCUCAUAUAAUUUACCAAAUUUUCAUAUUUUGUAAACUUAAUAUGACUGCUUAGUUGGGUUGUAUCAAUAUAUUUUGUAAUUGGUUACCAUUUCAUGUCUCAUCUAACACGAGGUAUAAUUAUAAUUGCAAUUAUAACUCGUUUCUUAUUUUUAGUUUAUUCCAUAACGUGGAACCUAAGCGAAACUUGCUACUAAUAACAUUUGUUGAUAACAUUCUGUAAAUAUUCCAAUGUAAAACUUGAAAUGUGGGGAACAUUCAUAUAGGGAACUAGAUGAUUGGUUUGUUCGGCGUCACCUUUUGACUGGAAUGGACUAUCCUUCUCUUAAUAUGACUGAGAAUUAGGUUCAAUUUUUGUAUAAAUGAUAUAAUUUUUUACUAAGGGUUUGUUUUGAAAACGCUCUGGGGUUGAUAUAAUCAUCUUGUUGUCACGAUACAUCAUACAUAUUAGUAGUUAUUUUUAUAUUCAUACUUUAGUUAAUUUUGUCAAAAAUAAGCAAAAUAGGCUUAUUUUAUUUAUAUUUACGAAAUUGUGUAUAGUUAUUUUGAAACUGUUAUCAUUUAUAUUUCCUACCCAAGUUUUAAGUGACUGCACUUAAUUAUUAGUUGAAACAAAUUAAUAAGUUGUAUAGUCAACAGGGUAUUUUGUAGCAUUUCGCAGUCAUCAUCUAUAACUAUAUCAGUGUUCUUAUAACAAUACAGUUCAUUUGUCAUGUUUAGUUAAUUAUUAUAAUCAUAUUCUCCGCCGUCAAUAUUGAUAUUGAUACGCAAGGAACUCGAUUAUGAUUUUAGUUAUUUACCCGUAAUCAUAUGAUUAAUAUCCAAAAAUAUUAUAUUGGUACCUAUAUUGUGUUACUAAUUCUUAUGACGUUGCAUUAGUUAAGUUUACGGUAGUGAAGUUUUAGUGUCGAGUCGUUCGGAAGUGUAGUGUGCAGUGCGAAGGCGGAGUGUCGUGUUACAAAUGUAUUACAAACGCUUGUGGCGAGGAAGGUCGUGGCUUGCUCCUAACGUUAAAUGUAUGCUCUAAUCGACGAAAGACUUUAUGGACUUAAUUUUGUAUAUAAUAAUUGUAAGGUAUUAAGAUAAGGCCGACACACUGUUUUUUACAAUAUCAUAGAUAAUGAAAAUAAAUACAUAACUGUUGUAGAGUUAAUGUCAUUCAAAUGAUUUGCUGUUAUUCUACGCCUACCUUUUAUUGGGUCUUGUGUAGCUGCGUGGCGCGUACCGAUUGAUAUUCUUACUUGAUGAAUUUCAAAUAUCCCCUAUUCGGCCGACAGUCUACUCGUUGCCAAGGAGGGAAUGAACGCAAAUUGUAGUCGUAGAAUGAGUAAGGAAUUUAGUAAACGAUCGUUGGCUUUUAUUGGAUAAUAUCGUAAAUUCUAAAUUUUAAGUAAGUUUCGAGUGCGUUCUUUUCCUCUGAA